AUGGCUGACUUCAGCCAGAUCGCGAAGCAAUUCGUACAGUUCUACUACGACACGUUCGACGAUGAUCGCAUGAAGCUCGCUCCCCUCUAUACCGAACAGUCCAUGCUCACUUGGGAAGAGAAGCCCUUCCAAGGCACCACAAACAUCAUAACGCAGUUGCAGGAGCUCCCGUUCCGGCAAGUCAAGCACCAAGUGGCCACGCUCGACGCUCAACCCUCCGACGAGCAAGGCAGCAUCCUCGUUUUUGUCACAGGAGCACUGCUGGUCGAGGCCGAGCAACGGCCGAUGAGCUACAGCCAGACCUUCCAGCUCAAGCGAAAUGGGGACAGCUACAUCAUUUUCAACGACAUGUUCAGGCUGGUGUAUCCGGCCGCAUGA